AUGGCGACAGCACUGCCUUCCCAAGAAGGUUAUGAAGAUGAUUAUGAUCUUGAUGAUGUUGAUGACUUUGAUGAUUUCAGUGAUACAAUAGAUUAUUCACAUUUAAAUUUAAAUGCAAUCGAUUAUAAUGAAUUAACAGCAACAGUUGAAAAUCCACAUCAUAUAAAAAAUAUUCAGUUAAAUUCUAAUUCACUUCUAACAUUAACACCUGAAAUUGAUAAAUUUCAAUCAUUAAUAACACUUGAAUUAUCAAAUAAUCAAUUAGUACAAUUGCCACAUGAAAUAAUCUAUUUAAAAAAUUUAAAAAAUUUAUAUUUAAAAAAUAAUUCUCUUGAUGAUCUAUCAUUACCUAAAGAUUUCGAUCAAUUAAAACAAUUGGAAGUUAUUAAUCUUGGUGGAAAUCGUUUUAAACAAUUUCCAUAUCAAAUAUUUCGUAUGGUUAAUUUAAAAGAACUUUAUAUGGGUUCAAAUCGCAUAACUAUAUUACCUGAUCUGUUUCAAACAUUAACAAAAAUGGAAGUCCUGUAUUUAGGUGGAAAUCAAAUUGGUAAUAUACCUGAUUCAAUCGGAUAUAUGGAUUCAUUAAUUGUUUUAAAUUUAUGUGAUAAUCGUUUAAGAACAUUACCACGAUCAAUAUCUCGUUUAAAUCGAUUGAAAUCACUUUCAUUACAUAAUAAUCAAUUUUGUGCUUUACCGCCAGAUAUUAUACGUCUUGAUUUACAAGAAUUAAGUUUAAGAAAUAAUCCACUUGUUGUACGAUUCGUACGUGAUUUAACAUAUGAUGUUCCUACAUUAAAAGAAUUAGCGGCUAGAACAAUAAAACUUCAUAGAGUAGAUUAUGAUGAUAAAUCAAUACCAAAAUGUCUUAUUGAAUAUUUAAAUUCAGCUAAAUCAUGUUUGAAUCCAAAAUGCAAAGGUGUUUAUUUUGAAAGUUGUCAUAAAAAUAUAAAAUUUGUUGAUUUUUGUGGUAAAUUUUAUUUACCAUUACUUCAAUUUCUUUGUUCACCUGCUUGUACACCAACAUCAACAUGUUCAAUGACAACAACAAAUCAUUCCGAUGAUAUGAAUAGUAAAUUUAAAAAAGUGCUACUUGGGUAA